GGCCAGACCGUCCAAAAGCCCUUUUACAUUCCCCAUGGCCCCACUUCCCGAACUGGGGACUCUCAUUUCAACUAAAUUUCGCGUAAAUUUCAACCUCAUUUCAUUUCACAUUCGAGUUUGAAUUUCAUUUGCAUUUCCUCCACAUUUCAAUUUCAAUUUCAAAACCGCUCCUCCCCCCCCACCCCACUCUCUCUCUCUCUAGGGUACAAACCCAAAGCACUUUCUCUCACUAAACCGCAGAACAAAACAAGUGUUUCCCCCCUCAUUUCGCUUUCUCUCGAUUUUUCUGCUCUCUUCCAGACCUAUACAUACACUCCCCCACCCCUUCUGUAUGUAUCUAUACAUAUAACUUUUUCAGCAUUUUCUCUUCAAUCCUUCUCUGUACCUAGCUUUUUUUCUCGUUUUCGAUGAAAAUCAGCAUCUUUUGUAUUCUUUUCAUUUCUCCACUCCAAUCGGCGGUUUGAUCGGGCGAGGGAUUCGAUCUAUUUGCAGAUUUCCGGCGGAAAGUUCAAUUUUUUUGUGAUUGUUGUUGAUUAGAGUAUGUGCAGUGGGCCAGAGCAGACAAAUUCAGAAUCUUCUACAAAGGACAUGAACAAAUUACAUGUAGAUACCGAUGAUUCAUUUUCCAAUUUGCUCGAAUUUGCUGCAAACAAUGAUGUUGAAUCUUUCAAGAGAUUCAUCGAGCUCGAUUUAUCCGCAGUCGACGAGGCGGGGCUCUGGUAUGUACGCAAAAGAGAUUCAAAGCAGAUCACCCAUGAGGAAAGAACUCCCCUGAUGAUAGCUGCUACUUAUGGCAGCGUCGAUAUAUUGAAGUUGAUAGUUGCUCUGCCCGAAGUUGAUUUGAAUAGAUCUUGUGGUCAAGACAAGUGGACUGCACUCCAUUGUGCUGCUUUUGGAGGUUCUGUGAACUCAUUCGAUGUUGUAAAGCUUCUGUUGUCUGCUGGUGCAAAUCCCAAUGUUGAAGAUGCCAAUGGUCGCCGACCGGUUGAUGUGAUUACAUCUCCUCCGAAGGUUCUUGGCGCUAAAGCUGCCAUUGAGGAUUUGCUUAUGAACAACAUCUCCGAUGGAUCUGUUGGUAUAUGUAAUUUACGUGUCUCUAUAUCGAGUUCCGAUGCAUCUUCACCUGUAUUGUCAUCAUCAUCGCCAGAAAGCAGGUCUCCGUGUUCACAAUCCGAUUCUGUAUCUUCUCCUAAACCACCCAAUGGUUUGUCGGAGAAGAAGCAAUACCCGGUGGAUCCAUCACUACCGGACAUCAGAAACAGCAUCUACUCGACCGACGAGUUCCGUAUGUUCUCAUUCAAGGUCAGGCCAUGCUCGAGGGCCUAUUCUCACGAUUGGACCGAGUGCCCAUUUGUCCACCCAGGCGAAAACGCACGCAGAAGGGACCCACGGAAGUUUCAUUACAGCUGUGUGCCUUGUCCUGAUUUUAGGAAGGGUGCUUGUAGGCGUGGGGACAUGUGCGAGUACGCACAUGGUGUGUUCGAGUGCUGGCUACACCCUGCUCAGUAUCGUACGAGGCUGUGCAAAGAUGGCACGAGCUGUGCAAGACAGGUGUGCUUCUUUGCACACAGACCGGAAGAGGUCCGUCCUUUAUACGUCUCUACUGGAUCUGGUGUUCCCUCUCCAAGAUCAGCUGCCUCUGCAGCAACUUUCAUGGACAUGGCUGCAGCUUUAAAUUUUCUGCCUGGAUCACCCACUUCUCAGUCUGUGAUGUCACCUUCGUUUAAUCAAACCAUGUCUCCGAAUGGAAAUGGUAUGUCUUCUCAUUCAUCGCCCGCUUGGCCUCAGCCGAAUGUUCCGACUCUUCAUCUUCCUGGCAGCAACCUGCAGUCGAGUCGCCUGAGAUCCUCUUUCAGUGCUCGUGAUAUUCCCCCGGAGAAUCUGAAUGCCAUGUUAACACCUUCGAAUCUUGAUGAGCUUUUUUCUGCAGAGAUGGCCUCGUCUCCAAGAUUUUCCGAUCAGACAGCGACUUUUGGAGUUUUUUCUCCCUCGCACAAAUCGGCUGUUUUUAACCAGUUCCAGCAGCAGCAGCAGCAGACCAUGUUGUCCCCGAUUAACACUAACGUUUUUUCUCCUAGAAACAUUGAACACAACCCUUUAUUACAGGCUUCGUUGGGUGUAUCUUCUCCUAGGAUGUCUCCAAGAAACAUGGAUCCAGCAUCACCAAUGAAUGCCCAUCUCUCAGCACUUGCCCAGCGAGAGAGGCAUCAGCAGCAGCUGCGUAGCCUCAGCUCACGUGAUCUUGGUGGGCCCCACAGAGGUGCUGCUUGGUCGAAGUGGGGAUCGCCCAAUGGAAAAGCUGAUUGGUCUAUCGGUGGAGAAUCUCAAAAUCGUAUGAAGAGGUCAAACUCUUUUGAGCUAAAAAACGGUGGAGAAGAGCCUGACUUGUCGUGGGUGCAGUCUCUCGUCAAAGAAUCACCGCCUGAGACGACGAACAAACCAAAUUCUGGUGAGUUUGUUAAUUCAAAUUCUGAAAUUGACUCGAUGGAUCAAUCUGUUUUAGGGGCUUGGCUUGAGCAGAUGAGACUCGAUCAGCUCGUUGUCUAAGCAAACAAACGAGACUUAUUAGGGAAGUACAUAAGAUUUUUGUGCUCUUCUUUCAAAAGCUUGCGGACAAGGCGCCGCAAGCUGAAAGACAGCAGCAAUGCAGGAGUUUGGAAGUUUUAUGGUUACCAUGAAAUAAUUUUACAUAUAUAUUUUUUUUCGACCAAUGUGUCAACCGAUCUUUAAUCAUUUCAUUGAUUAUUACAACAUGAGUUUUUAAAUUUUUCUGCUUUGUUAUCUGGGCUGUACUAAAGAAAACUCAGAAACAGUCUUAAUUGUACUUUGAUAAUCCUAAUAUCUCUUAAUUAUUAUUAUCAUAUCUGUCAUGUAUA